GGGGGCCUGGCCUGCAGAGGGCGGGACCCUCACUGCCCCGGCCUUCGAUUGGCCCAGCCGCCGACAGUGUUGCUUCGGGAUUGGUCGGCUCGUUCUCCUCUCCCCUCCCUCCCCGGGGCUUCCGCUUCCGGUGUUUUACGGACGCGUCGGCCGUAACGAUGAUCGGGGACAUCCUGCUGUUCGGGACGCUGCUGAUGAAUGCCGGGGCGGUGCUCAACUUUAAGCUGAAAAAGAAGGACACGCAGGGCUUUGGGGAGGAAUCAAGGGAGCCCAGCACAGGUGACAACAUCCGGGAAUUCUUACUGAGCCUCAGAUAUUUUCGAGUCUUCAUCGCCCUGUGGAAUGUCUUCAUGAUGUUCUGCAUGAUCGUGCUGAGAAAACCUAAGGCAGUUGCUUUUCCAUCUAGCACUGGGGUUGUAAUUUUGAUACUGCUGUUAAUGAAUCGUGAGAGUCACAGUAAAUGAACUUGGGGAAAAACACAUUGGGAAAGUCUGGUGUUCUUGGCGUCACUGGUUCCACCCCCGCAUACUUUCCCCCAAAAGGAACGGGACGCAAAGUUGGCUGUCCUGAGUGUUGGCGAUCCUUGUGCCAGCCCAGUGGCUGUUUGAGGUGGUGAUUCCAGGACUUAGGAGAUCUGAGAAGGAGGGAGUUUCACUGUGUCUCUAGAAAAUGUUGUAGUGCCCCAAAUGCAGACCAUGAUGUAUUCCCAGAGAGGCCCUUCUCGAGGUGUCCUUCCUGGCCAGAGAGGAUUCGGGAGCACUGGACAAAGCCUGCCUAGGAACAAAAGGCUUAGGAGGAGGAAUUUGCGGAAAAGUAUAGGAAGUGUGACCAGGACUCGGAGAAACUGGGAUAGUGUUGGAUGGUUCCUCCAGCCUUCUGUCUCCUGAGGUUUCUGUUCAUUCACAGCUGUCCAUCCUGAGCUGUCUCCGCAAUUGCCAUAGUCCUGGCCUUCCACCAGUGCACAGUAUAACAGGUGGGACAUAGACAGGAAAAUGAGCAAAUAGGAAACAGAUGUGAGGUGGCAAAUUGGGAGGGGGGGCUCCUAGUUUCAGAGGUGGUAGGGAAAGGCUCUCUGAGGAAGUGCCAUUUAAAUCAAGACCUGAAGGAUGAGAAGAAGUUUGUCAUUUGCAGAACUGGAGAAAAGCAUGGCAGCACAGGAAGUAGCAUGUGCAGAGGUCCUGGGGCAGGGAAGAAAUUAGUGUGUUUUCCUUGUUCUCUUCUUUCCUGUAUAUCUGUUUCAUCAUCCUCUCUUGUCUGACCAACUUCCCUCACUCCCUCAUCUGCUGGCCGUGACCAGGAUGGCAGCCUCGGGCUCUGUGAUCUCCCAGCUCAGCUCCCCAAGACCAGCAUGGUCAGUAGCCCAGGGUCCUGGUUUUGUUUCCUGGGGCAGAGUCUGAUUGGUCUACCGUGGUGUCAUCCAGAUCCAGUUGGGCGGAGAAUUCUUGACUCCACCCUAACCACUUAGGUCAGAGCUCAACAAACCACAACCUGUGGGCCACAGUUACCCACGGUCUGUUUUUCUGAAUGAACUUUGAUUGUCAUGCAGCCACACCCACGUCUGUGGCUGCUUUUGUGCCACAGCAGUACUGUUGUGUGACAGACUGCUUGGCCCGCAAAGCCUGGACUGUUUACUCCGUGGGUCCCUACAGAGAAAAUGUGCCAACCCCUGACCUAAGCCAACUCUUUCACUGGGGGCUUAGAUGGGGGAAGAUUCUCUCAACAAAGGGCUCUCUCAGGGUAGCCAUGACUGGCUUUCCUAGGAUAUUAAAAAACUGGAAAUCACCUAAAUGUCCAAGACCAGUGGUGGAAGGGUCAGGUAACUUGAAAGACGCUUGUGUGACCAGCUGUCACGAUGCCAUCACUGACAAUGUGCUGGAAGAUUCUGUCUACUCAGAGAAAUGCUUCGAAAGUGAAGAAGGCCAGAUGACACCUGUGUGCACAGUCUGACUUCAUCUGUGUGACUUGCAUGUGGUAAACAUGGAGUAAACACUGACCGAGUUCCUGAAGUCUGUGGGAAACACUGUUCAGUGAGGGAAUUGAAAGGAUCCACUCCAGAUGGUGUAAGGAGGUGGCCCUGCUGCAGUUGCUGAGGACGUUGGCGCGAUCUGGGGCAUGGAUCGCUGUUCCCGGCACCCACUUCUGUAUAGUUUGAGCUGAGAUACUAAGGAAAUUUAAGAAGUCAUGAAAAACUUGAAAUAUGGGGAGAAACGUCCCUGAGUGUGUAUGGAUCCAUGGUACUGGUGUCUGCAAUUUCCUUAGAAACAUGUCGAAAAUAUGUUUGGUGGAUAAAUGGGUAGAUGUGUGCUAAUGGCAGAACUCAGGCAGUAGGAAUGUGGAUGUUUACUGAACCGUCCUUUCAACUCUUUUAUGUGUUGAGAUUUUUCAUAAUAGAAUACUGGGAGGAAAAUCUAGGGGGAAAAUGAGGGUGUCAAACCAUGAAGAAUGAUUUACAAGUAAAGAGUAGGAGUCUGUCCUCACCAUUCAGUAUUUCAUAGCAUAUUCCCAGGACUGUGUAACCACCAUCUCUGUCCACUUCCAACACAUUGUCAUCAUCCCAGAAAGAAAUCCUGUCCUCAUUAGCAGUCACUCCCCACUCCCCCUGCCCCAGCCCUGAUAACCAUAAUCUGCUUCCUGUCUCUGUGGAUU